GCGGCACCUAUAUCCCGAUCCGCGGUCCUGUCUCAUAGCGGACAUGGAUACUGCAUACUUUAGGUAGCUAGGCGCAUCCCAAUCUUCAAAGCGCAUAGCCCAAACCUAGAAGCCACACCAUCGGCCCCAUCAAUCAAUGGAUAUCCCUCAGAGACAUGCGCCAAACCUUUAGGCAUUUCGUAUCCCUGGCCUAGCAAGCGCCCAGCAUCUGAGCCUCCUUCGCCUGUAGAUCCAAGGUCUAAGGUCUAAGAGAAACUAUCACGUGCCGCCUUUUGAGGCGUCAUAACUACCUCUGGUAAUCUCAACAGCCUUCAGCUCUCGGACUCGAUCCUUUCUCUCUCUAGAGCAUUGCUCUCUGUUGCUUCAACUCAUGCCACGGCCUCGGCUCGCCCAAAGCAGGCCAACAUGUCUCUUACGAGACGCACCGAUGCCACCUCCAAGUUUACGUCUUCGGGGAGAUAUACCUCAGAGGCCAUGAUAGUCAUAACCUGUGCCACUAUCUCGCUGUACAAUGGUAUCGAGCUGCUUCUCCUCAUCUUGACAUCAUCCAGGCGGCAUAACGACCUCUUCUCAUGGAGCCUUGCUGUGGCUUCUAUCGGUGUGCUGCCGUAUGCAAGUGGCUGGCUGGUUCGUUAUUUCGAUGUUAUAGGGGAUGUUGCAAAUAUGCUUAUAAACGACAUUGGCUGGAUACUCCUGACUACCGGCCAAGCUCUUGUUCUAUAUUCUCGACUCAACCUGCUCGUCAAAAGCGUCUCCAUUUUGAAGGUUACGAAAUGGAUGAUCAUCCUUAAUGCUAUCAUAUGGCACAGUGCAGUUACUGUUCUUUUAUUUGCUAUCAGCACACAGCAAAAGCUCGACCGCAACGGCGCAUUCAUCAGGGUCCAAAAGGUUCAGCUGGCAUUCUUCUGUGCUCAAGAUUUCCUGCUUUCAGGUCUUUACAUUUGGAAGACGAUGGAGAUCAUCAAGAGAAGAGAAGCUAGAAACCAGACUCCUCGAAUAAUCUGGCACCUGUUUGCCAUUAACGUGGGAAUCGUGCUAGUUGAUAUCACGCUCCUUGCCGUUGGCUUUACCAACGAUUUCCUGUGGCAACAAGGCAUCAAGGCAGUGGCCUACUCGAUAAAACUCAAGGUCGAGUUCGUUAUACUCGGGAAACUCAGCGACUACGUUCACAAAGGAGGUGAAUUGAUCAGUGCCGAACAUCCUGUGUUUGGAUUUGUAGAGAUGGAGCCUGACCCUCCGCCAAGGAAACAAUCGACACAACCUGAGGCUACCCCCGAGGCUACACAUUUAGAAAGAGGGAGGAAGCAGUCGACUAUUUCUGCUGCUGCAGAGUCAUCGCGCAACCGAGAGUUCAUGUCCGACGAGAUUGCUGCGGAUAGAAGCGAGGGUGUUAAAAGGCGUACACUGGAUAAGGGCAAAAGUAAAUGCAUGGAUGAUUGUUGCAAUACGGGCGUUUCGGCUUCAAAAUAGUACUAUACCCGAUGAUUAGUCAAUUUUUGUGAAAUCUUAAACCAUUAUAAUAUCUUGAGGCCAGUCGGUAC